AUGUAUCCGGCCUUAGGCUACCUUACAUUCUUUAUUUUCUUGUUCGUUUACAACUUCCCCGCUCAGGGACAGCAAAAUGCCGCCUGUUCCAUCCUAAACCCGUGCUCACAGGGCUGUUGCAGUCACUUUGGAUCGUGUGGAUUCGGCCCCGAAUUCUGCGGCGAUGGGUGUUUAGGUACUUGCAAUGCCACUGCAGAGUGCGGCCAGUAUGGUUCGACCGCUCUUUGUCCUUUGAAUGUCUGUUGCAGCCAUUACGGCUUCUGCGGCACCACAUCGGACUUCUGUGGUUCUGGUUGCCAGCAUGGCUGUGAGGAUCCUGAGGUCAAGACGUGUACAGCUACUCGAGAUGCCAGCACCCUGCAGAGAGUGGUAGCAUACUACGAACUAUUCGGCAUUGACAGAGCAUGUGACACGAUGAUGCCGGAAUCCAUCCCUGCAGGUGCUCUGACGCACAUCAAUUUGGCCUUCAUCGAAUUUGACGAGAAUUUUGAGCUUGUGGACACGGGAGGCGACAUCGUAGCGCGAGUGUCUAAGCUGAAAAUGACUUAUCCUGGCCUCAGAGUCAACGUUGCUAUCGGGGGCUGGAACUUCAACGAUCCGCCCACUGCGACCUACUUCUCUGACAUGGCAGCUUCACAUGAGAACCGUCAGACGUUCAUCAGCUCGCUAUCGGCAUAUCUGACGAAAUAUGGCCUUGACGGUAUUGAUAUCGACUGGGAGUACCCCACUGCCACAGAUCGUGGAGGCUCGCCUGAUGAUACAGAUAACUACGUUGUUCUUUUGGCCGAGAUGCGUGAAGCAUUCGAUGCAGUGAACCCGGGGUGGGACAUCACCUGCACGAUCCCCUCGAGCUAUUGGUACCUGCAAAACUUCGAUCUCCCUUCCAUGCAAAAGUAUAUAUCCUGGUUCAACAUGAUGUCUUACGACCUCCACGGCAUGUGGGAUCAGAAGAACCAGUAUACAGGAGCCUAUCUGCGGGGCCACACCAACCUUACCGAAAUUGACGAAGGAUUCAACUUGUUGUGGCGCAACGGUGUCGAACCCGAGAAUGUUGUCAUGGGUAUGGGCUUCUAUGGACGGUCUUUUACCAUGGCAGAUUCAUCUUGUUACGGUCCCGACUGCGAGUUCUCUUCUGCUGGCCUGGCUGGCGACUGCUCCAACACAGCAGGGAUACUCUACUACGCAGAGGAACAAAAGCUUGCGCUAUCGAAUAUCCGUAGGCUGACUGUAUGCAGGAACGUUGCGACAUACUACGACCCCGUUACUACUGUGAAGUUCAACGUCUACAAUGGUAACCAGUGGAUCUCAUAUGAUGAUGCCCAAUCCUGGGGUGAUAAGAUGGAGUAUCUUACUGGACACUGCCUUGGCGGAGUUAUGAUCUGGGCUAUCGACCAAGACACCGGUACAUACGACGCCUUGUCCGGACUGCUCGGCGAAUCCGCACUGCAAGGAGCGCUACUUCAAGGAGGCAGUCUUUCGGACACUCAGAAGGAGAAGCUUGUUGAUCAAUUCGCUGCCUACACUGGCCAAGACUGCUACGUGACAGAAGUCUGCACAAACGGCGAGCCUGGCCAGCUGGGCCCCGACCAAGUCUGCCCUUCUGGGUAUUCCUCUGUGUCAACCGCUCAUUCACCAGUGCAACAGGUUGGAAGAGACAUCAAAGGGGCCUGUUCAAAGGGCUGGUAUCGUCACAUCUGCUGUCCGACCAACGCUAUGCCCAAGAACUGCGAAUGGAAUGGUGCCCCAGUGCGUUCAGUUCUUGGAUGCUCGGGACAGUGUGGCUCUAACCAGUACCAACUAAACUCGGACACCUAUAGCGACGCUGAUGGUGACAGCCUAUGCUACUCAGGGAAGCGAACCCUGUGCUGCGACAGUGCGGAGAUCUUGACGCAAUGCUCCUGGACCGGCUGCCAGGGACCCACCAUUGACGACCCAGUCUGCCCUGAUGGAAGCACUUUGGUGACCUCAAGAUAUGACGACGGAAAUGGGAAGCUUUGCUCGGUAUCCAUGGGCGAUGCUGUGGGUGUCUACCAUUCAUUCGUCCAAGGUUUCUGUUGUCCCAACGACGAUGUACCGAGCAACUGCUCUUGGACUUUCACGGCUAAUUCAAGGAGCUCUGUGAACAUCAACGAGAUCGAGUGUAACCCUUCUUCAUGUCCAUCGACAAAGGUCCAGUACACAACGGCGCUUGAUCCACCCAAUCCAUACCGUGACCCGGAAGCGACUUUCAGCAAGAGCCGGUGUGACUCUUAUCCGCCCGCUGCCGGGUCAGAUCCUCAGUGGCCACUAUGCUGCGACCCUCCCGAGUCAUAUAACAAGAAAUGGCCCGUCGACCCAAGCUACCUCUGGGAAGACUACUACGAUUCUACAGGUGACGACGUGGAGUGGGCGUACCAGGACAAUUACGGAAACAACAACGACCAAAGUUCGCCUGACAGCGGAUACGGGGGCGAUCCGUACGGUUUUAUCAUGCUGGACGGUCCCCCAGGCUCCAUUGACAGCACAUUCUCGUCGGACUUUACUGUCACUCGGCGCUCUGAGUAUAUCGCCCCUGUGAAGCGCUCGGUCAUAACGACCAACCAGACCCUCAUUGACACAAACUUUGAUCACUCCGAGGAAACACUCUACGUUUUCUGCAACUACGUUGACACAUCUCCGCGCUGCCAAAGACUGUUCUUGAACGGCGCAGAAGACACCAUAAUCCGCCUCCCUGAUCAUGUAGGAGAGGGACCUUUUGCCCGUGUGGUGUCUAUCGAGCCCGCCGGGGACAGUUACAACCUUCCUGGCCACCAUCUCCGAAAACGCAAUUCCCAGGGCCUCCAGAGCACCGUACACAAGAUGGUGAUUGACUACAACUUCCAUCUCAUCAAGACACGCGACGAUGAGCCGAUCAAUAUGCGCGUCGACUACACUAAUCUCAUCUCCUACUGGGAUGAUGUGACCGACACUCCCGCUAAGGUCCGCCGUGAUCUUCAGGAUAACUCACACUUGACCUAUCGGGACUGGCGUGGAAAAGUCAGUUCGGCCAAGCAAGAACAUGAGCGCAUGCGUAAGAGGCAAACCGAAUUCAUGUCAUCUGGUUCAACGCAGUUCAACGCGACAGAUCUGGCUGAAGACCAGUCGCCUCAUGCAAAGCGAUGGUGGGGUGCCUUCGGGGACUGGCUUUCCAGGCUCAACACCAUUGAGCUGAGCAAUGUCGGCAAUCUGAGCCAGUAUCUCAAGAAGAGCGUACUUCUCUACCGAGCUUUCGUCGGCUGCUCUCGAACCAAUGCCCAGCUCAAUAUCUAUCUCGACACCGAAGUGGCUCUGGAGUCUACCUAUGCGUACUAUUUCUCGGGAACGCUGGUCCCACCAACACCGACAGCAACGUAUGCCUAUUUCGGCAUGCAGCCAAGCAUCUAUCUUGGAUUGACCAUCCAGGGCGGGGCACGAUUAGAGUACCAGUCUCCGCGACAGCCUCUGAUACCGACAAUAUCCUAUCCUGGGUUGGCCGUCAAGGGAAUUGCUGCUGUGGGUCCAACACUGGACAUCUACGGUCAAAUUGUGGGCGUAGUUCAGAUCAGUGGUACUAUGCAAGUGGGCGCCCGCUAUACCUUUGAGAAGGCCGAGGUCUAUUGGCCUCAAGACGACGAUGGUGAUGCCGCGUCAAAGAUCCAAGAUCUGCUUGGUAAUCCCGAGCCGGUCGACAGCGGCCUCGUCCCAGAAUUCCAGGCUUCCGUCUCGGCUUCAGUUGACAUUGACAUAAAAAUCACACCAGAAGCGCACAUUGGCAUCCAGGUUGGCGGUGGCAGCUUCAUCGGCGGCGUGUCGAUUGUGGAUGCCCAAAUCGUUGGGUACGUCAACAACACUCUCAGAUUCCACGCCGAUGCAACCGGAUCGGUCUCCACAACAGACGCGAGCGUAGCCUACAACUAUGGCGUCUACCUUCUUUACAACAUCGGUUACGGUGGCUGGGCAUCGAUUCCACUCUACAGCUGGCACAUGGCGGCACGCAAUCUCUUCGAUACCCCAAAACAGAUCACACUGUAUUCCAACGGUGAUGUGCUAUCAACAACAAACUCGAAGCGAGACGAGAUUUGGGCGAUACAUCAGCUGGAAGGGCGUGGUAUUCUCAAUGGUGGGAACGCUGAAGAGCUCAGUGAACCCGAAUCCGUACUGGCGGAGGCUCGAGUUGUGGGCAUGGAUGGAACCAUUCUUUGGUCAUCUGGGAAUGAGCUAAUCAACAUCACCGCAACUCCCAGCACUCUGCACACAAACCAGAAACGAGACUCAAGCUCGGAUGCCGAAGCUGAGGACAAUGAUCAGGUCGCCGGCUUCAGCCUCGGGACGUUGACGUGCCCCGAGACCUCAUGCUCUAGCGGGGGCAACGAAAAGCGAGCUUCAAACACCUGUGGUUGGGUUUUACCCGAUUUCCGCUACGCAGACAACUGCAACAUCUUCUGUGACCGUCAAGUCAACGGCCCUGGAGGAAAUCAAGUGGCACCCGGACUUUGCGCCAAUGUCCAGAAGUUCUUUAACAAGCGGUCACUUUCUAGUAACGGCCUUGCUCUGACGUGGGAUCCUGUGAACUCCACCCCUCGCCGCAGAUUUGCCUGCGGCGUUCCCAAAUCAAUGGGUACAAGCUUUUGCCAGGUUGACAACACUGCUCUCGCCCAGGUUGCCGGCGUGAAUGCCAACACCCAGAUCGUCUCGUGCGAUGAAUUUCCCUUCGCCUCCACCGAAGAGGGUGGCUCUUAUUUCGGCACCUUGGCCACAAACCCCACCACGGUCGCGACGACUUGCGUACCAGUAUGGCAGCAGACGCUCCAAGGAAACUGCAACUCUCUUCUCGGCAACUUGCAAACAAAUGUUGCCUAUGCAGAUGACCCGUCUGCCGCGCCAAAUUGGCAACAAUGGGGAAGCGAGACGAGUGCGCCCCCUGGGUGGCUAACCAACUCUGGUUGGCAACGCCUUGCCAAGUACCCAGAUACGAUCCCCCAGUCAGCGGGAAUAUCCACCGCGGAUCACGCAGCCAGCUUGGGCUAUUAUCUCAGACGGAACUUCACAAUGGGUUUGGCAGCGCCGUCGACAAGUACGGAUGGGGCUGCGUGGGGUGCACAACCCGCAUCGACUUGGUCGAUAAGCGGUGCGGGCCAAACUGAUGUCACCCAGAUUGCCUGCGCUGUAAACAUUUUCGGCCAGUCAGACAUUUACCAAUUCACUGGAACCCGCAAUGGGUAUUGCUACAAUGGAGCCACCAACUUCGCUCCUGGCUAUGGGCAAGUUCCAUCUUUCAGCCAAUGUACCAUAACUUUCACCGGGCCGGUCCCUUCACCAAACAAACGUGAUGUUGAGGGAGAAGAGAGCCACGAAGACAUUGUCGGUAUCUUUAAUGGUUGGGGCAUCAAGAAGAUUGACAUCAGUCAAGACCCCAACGACAUCAUCCUGGCCCCAGGCUUUGUGCCGGAUCCGGAUACGUUGAUGCCAUUGGAGGUUAUCCGGGGUGCACCGUCCAUGUAA